AUGAACCAGACUCUGAACGGCAGGCAUUUGGGCCCCAGUGAUGGCCCCAGAUGGCCCCGGGGUGGACGCGCUGGACGUGGUCUCCUGGGUCACGCCCUGGUCACGUUCACCUGCGUGUGUGGCAUAGCGGGCAACAGCCUGGUGGUGUGGCUUCUGAGCUGCCGCGUGGAGAGGACGCCCUACAGCAUGUAUGUCCUCCACCUGGCCGUGGCCGCCCUGCUCUUCCUGCUCGGCCUGGUGUCCCUGGUCAGUCUGGAGACCAGCCCGCUGGCCAACAUGCAGCCCCUGGCCCGGGAGCCGCUUCACAGAGUGAAGUACUUCGCCUACACCGCCGGCCUGAGUCUGCUGACAGCCAUCCGGGGGCCGCGCUGCCUGUCCAUCCUCUUCCCCAUCUGGUACAAGAGGCACCGGCGCCGGCGGCUGGCGGCCGGGGUGUGUGCAGGGCUCUGCGCGCUGACCCUCGUCAUGGACACGCGGGGCUCGGUCUUCUGCCGCUGGUCCUGGCGCUCAGACGAGAAGCACUGCUUCACGGAAGACGCCGUCCUCAUCUCCUUCAUCUUGGGCCUCUUCACCCCCGUGAUGGCCGGCCGUGUCCAGCCUGACCCUGUCCGUGAGGGUGAGGAGGUCGCCCUGUGCGGGCGGCAGCGGCCCACGCGGCUGUACGUGGUCAUCCUGGCCUCCGUGCUGGUGCACCUCCCCUGCGCGCUGCCCCUCGGCCUCUGCUGGUGCUUCCUGUCCUGGGACCUGCAGCCCCAGGUGCAGCUCCUGUACGUCUGCCUGGCUCGCCUCUCGUCCUCCGUGAGCAGCAGCGCCAACCCUGUCAUCUACUUCCUGGUGGGCACUCGGAGGGGCCAGGGUCUCCGCAGGGUGCUGUGGGACACGCCGGAGCUGGAGGGGAAGCAGACGCCCUCCUCCUACACCAACGAGGUGGGGGGCUGA